ACUAAGCAUUUCCUAUUUUCUCAGUAAAAAGAAAAUUAUCAAACGAUAAUGGAGAACGAAGAUCUAAACCGAGAAUUGGUUUGUAUUCAAUUUCCGGGAAUUGUAAAAAAUGAAGAUAAAGCUAUGGAAUGCUUAGGUGGUAUCCGAAAUAUUUCCGAGAUAUUAGCUCAACCAAACAAAAAGCGGCUGGGUCUGAACUUUCAGCCGCAAAAUCCGUUCAUAAAGAAAGUGUUUGGUGACAACAAGAGAACUGCCGGUGUGCUUUUGAAGGUUAAAGUGAAGAAAACUAAAAACGGGGAUGAAGUUAAGAGGGAGGUUGUGGGAACCUCAGUUGUGGGACAGGUCAAAAGGAUCUAUAAAUUUGAUUCAAUGUGCGAUUUCCAAUAUCUUCCUGUACAAACAGAGGGAGAGAGUGCCCAGUGCAUUAUAGAUGAAAUAUUGCCCUCAGGAACAGAUGAUUUCAAUUUCAUGACGGAGGAGUCUUCUCUGUUUGUUGUCCCCUCCAACUUCACAAGGUCUGACAAGCCAAUAAACUACUCCUACUCCGACAAGAGGUAUCCAAACAAAAAAGAGCAAGCCCAGGACAAGGACUCAGACAAAGACGACUUUCACAACAAGAGGAGAACUGAGAGAGGGAUUGGCAUGGCACAUUAUACAUUCAAUUUGACUGAUAGUCUGCCUACUGAACCAAAUGAGGCUUAUGUGAAGCAACAACAGUUGAGGUUGUCUGUUUAUCCUCCAUUGAAACAGGAGAUAGAAACAAUACACAAGUUGUUUGAAGAAAGACCAGUUUGGUCUCAGAACUUGCUGAGAUACCACACGAAAAUGAAAUCAAGCUCUCUGAAGGUGAUUCUGCCAUGUGUUGCCAUCUACAUGAAGGAUGGGCCUUGGAGGAUGCAAUGGGUCAAAUAUGGUUAUGAUCCUAGGAAGAUUCCUGAAGCUAGAAUGUAUCAGACCUUGGAUUUUAGGCUGAGGCAUCAAGCGGGCGUGCACUCCAUGGUGAACACUCGCGGCCAAGUCGUGCACUACAAGAAGAACGACCGCGUGCGGCCCAACACGCGCAACGAGGAGAGCGCCGCCGAGGACCUGCCCGAGGGCUCCGUCUACUUCCGCCCGGGCAUGGUGCCCGCGCAGCGCCAGAUAUUCUACCAGUACUGCGACGUGAAGUUACCUGAAGUGGAAGCCUUGCUAGCUGUGCCGCCGGCGACGUUGCUGUGCCAUGCGCGGCGCGGGUGGCUGCCGCCCGGCACCGACCACGCCUGCCGCGACCACAUCUUUAGCUACGUUAAGAAAACCCUGCUCGCUACGCAUAGCGCCGAUUUGAAGCUUGAACAAGCGAGCAGCGACGAUGAAGCUAACUCAGAUGACGCCUCCGCCAGUGCCAAUGUUACGGAAAACGACGAGCCAUCCACUUCGAAUACAUAAUCUACAUUCA